AUGGCUCCUCCGCAAAAUUGGAUGAGGUGCUCCCUGCUUUGGGUGUUUUGCUGCUGUAGCCUGCCUCUCCUCUUCUUGGGAAGUCCUUUGCCCCUGAAGGAAGCAAAUACUCCUGCUAAUCACACCUGCAAGCUUCAGAAAAGCAACUUCCAGCGGCCUUACAUCAGGAACUGUACAUACACCUUGGCCAAACUGGCAAGACUUUCUGAUAUGGACACAGAUAACAGGUUCAUUGGGCAGCAUUUAUUCAAUAAUGUCAAGAUGAAUGACCGCUGCUACCUGAUGAAGAGAGUAACAGAUAUUGUGGUGUCAGGUGUCCUAUCCAAGCUAAACAAUCAAUAUCCUAAUAUUCAAGAAGUGACAAAUUUCUUGGCCUAUUUGAAUAUGGAACUGAACAGCUGUAAACCAUUGGGAUUAAAUGAAGAGCAUAUUGAAAGUAAUCUGAAAGAAAUGAAAGACAAAUUAAUCAAGCUGGGAGAGAAUGGAAAGAACAAAGCAGUUGGGGAACUUGAUUUGCUGUUUGACUACCUGGAAAAUGCAUGUACUGAAGCACCAAAGAAAAUGAGCACCAGUCGGAAGGGCCAUAAUAAGAACUAA